AAUGCUUUUCAAGGAAUAUGUUUUACAAUUACAAUUAGAUGGUACAACAAUCGCUAUAAAAGUCAGGUUAUCAUUUCCAUCAUAUCAGUUGUUAAUUAAACAUCAGUGAGUGCGAUAUAUACAUAUGCUGUUGUGAGUUAUUAAGUGGCUAAGAAAUGAUUUAUUUAACGUUGUAUUUUGUAUUUGUGGUAAUCCAAUGGGUGUGUUGUGAAGAGCUUGUUGGUACACACGGAGCUGUAUAUGUGUAUGAUAGAAAAGGAUAUCGUCUUGGUAACGGUUCCUUUGGCGAAGCAAUAGCAGGGACCAAAAUUGUAGGAAAUCAUCUCGAACCAGUUGCAUUGAAAUUCGAGAAAAUCAAACCAAAUAAACCCAUUUAUGUAACUCGAGAAAAGAACUUUUACAAUAUACUCGGCGAGCACCCUGGGAUCCCAAAAUUUCACGAUUGCUUACGUGACAAAAAAGGGAAUGCCAUACUUGUAAUUGAAUUGCUCGGUCAUAAUUUGAAUUUCUAUCGCAAAAAACUUGGCGGAAAAUACUCCAUCAAAACAUCUAUGAUGAUAGGCAUUCAAUUGUUAACAGUUAUUGAAUAUCUACAUAGUAAAAACGUAAUUUAUAAUGACAUAAAAGCCGAUAACUUCGUUGUGGGCUACGAAAACGAGUCAAACCUCUAUAUUUUAGAUUUUGGUUUGUGCACAUUUUAUAUGAAAAAUGGGUCACAUAUUGAACCACAAAAACAUGAAGCAUCUGCUGGUCGGGGUACAGGCCAUUAUAUGUCGGUGUAUGCACAUAAACAUACUGUACUGUCGCGCAGAGAUGAUGUAGAAUCAAUUGGUUACAUGUUGAUUGAAUUUCUUCAAGGUAAAUUACCUUGGACUGGCGCUAAUAUGGACGAUAUCUACCACAAAAAAUCACAAACGAAAAUCAAAAGACUCGUUGGCAACAUAUGCACCGAUACGUUGGUUAAAUUUUUGAUUUACGCUCGUCGACUGAAAUUCAAAGAUGAACCAAACUAUGAGUAUUUGAGAGAAUUAUUGUUGAACGAAUUAAAUAGUCAACCCGGUCAUUUGCAGUUCGAUUGGAUAGGCGCUAAUAUUCCAAGGCCAAAAUCAAAUAUCGAUCAAGUUGCAAAGGAAAAAGGAUUUCAUGUUCAAGAAGAAACGCCAUUAUCGACUAAACCAGAUACAUUGGGUGAUCACCAUUUAAAAGUGAUAUCAACGAAUAUAGUGCACCCAGUCACGACAAACUUGGUUCCAAUUUCAAUUGUUCCACAUUUAAUGGGCUCAACAAUUCCUGCAAGUGUAAAUUUAAUAGUUCAACAUCCAGCAAUUGUAUACCAUUAGGUGAAUACUAGAGUCAUCGUUCCAGCUGUGUCCUGAUGCAUUCCAUAAUCUUAAAUUAAAUAAAUAUCACGAUGUAAAUUAUCAUGAAAAUAAAUUUAUUUUAUUAACCGA